UAUAAAUAGGCUGGCAAAGCAGACAGCAAGAUAUUGUCAGCAUUUCUUUAGCAGCAUUUGUGUUGAAUUUGGUUUUGUAGAAUUUUGAGCUAUGUCACUAAGACAUGUUGGGGCCAGAUGUUCAGUCAGCUUUUGUCAGAAUAUACUGAAACAGAAGCUACUUGUUUCGGGAGGUGGCAGUAUAAAGACUCUAACAGUGCAAAGUAGAGCACCAGGAAAAGUGAAAGAUGAAAAUAUGGGUUCACAGCAGAAACUGAACAGCAAUGCAUCUGUGGAUGCAAUGCCAGGGAAGGGCCCACCACCAGAACCACCAAUUUACUGUUGCAUGGAGGGGUGUCCUGACUGUGUAUAUCUGAAAUACGCAAAUGAUCUGAUUGCAUAUUAUGAGAAUGGAGGAGAGAAGGCAAAGAUGGAGAUUGAAAAAAAUGUACAAAACCCGCACAUACAGACCCGCGUGUUGAGCCAGUCUGGGCUGAUAUAGACCCGUUUAAUUUAAGUAUACAAUAAGCUGUGAUAUUUGUCACUUUUUUAUUUUACAAAAAAGUGGCCAAUUUAAGGAUUUAUAUUUUUGAAUUCAGAUUAAGAGCAGAAGCAUUGAGAAUCAAGUAUUUGUACAAGUCACUUUUUAGACUUCUUAAAAGACCCAGUAUUUAACAUUUACUGGGUCCUACUUAUAGAUAAGACUGUAAAAAACUGACUUCUGAGCUUUCAUGAGAGAAUGAGGAGAAAUUGGUUAACAUUUAUCCAACUUCAAAGCAACAAUACUCAGUUCAUAAAGGCAUUGUAUAAUCCUUUAAGCUAACAGACAGAUUUAUAUCUAUCCAUAUUAAAAUUGGAGACUUUUAAAUGAAAUAGAGCACGACGUUUGAACUUUCGUGAGAAAGUGUGGAAAAAUGGGGAAAUCUAUCCUACUUCUCAGGAGAAAAUACUCAUUAUGGAGCCAACAUAAUAAUAAAUAUUAUCCACACAACAGAAAAAAAGGGAAACUUCUAGAAGACCUGACGUUUACAUGUGCCAGAAAUAAUUCUCUUGACAAAGUAUGACUGAGAAUGCGCAUGUAGACAAAUAAAUCAUGACUUAAUACCCUUACGGAACUGCAUACAGGAAUACAUGACAAAUUACACAUCUAAAUAUACUUAGAAUGAUGUUUAACACUGCAGGAUCCACACACUUCCUGUGAACGGGUAAUUAACAGACAUGAAGUAAUGUGCAACUGCAUGUUAAUUCGCCAUGUGAUAGGCAGUAGUGAUGCUAGCAUGUUGCCUAUUUCCAUGUACUUGUAACUACUUCUAAGUAGGUUAAUGUAAAAUUGACAAUAUACCUUCAUUUGAAAGACUAGUGUGAAGAAAGCAGUUGAUAGGCAUGUGGAACUUUAGAAUGAGCCUAGGCAAGCCAUAUGACAGCAAUCUUCCACUUGCUGUGAAAUGAAAAUUAAUGGUUUUCAUGUCCUUUUACAAAAACAUUACUUUUUUUUGUUAUUAACUAUGUGAAGUGUAUGUUACAUUUAUUUACAUCUCUCUUUUAAUCUAAUUGUCAAUUUGUAGUGAUGCAUUGCCUAGAACA